GUCGUGCUUUUUAUGAAAACAAAACAAAACCAUAGGAAGUUUGUCAUCAUGUUUCUAACGAAUUCUUGAAAAGUAGAAAAGGGAACCAUUCUUCUCACUCUUUCCCUGCAAAAAGCAGAGUCUUUUGAAUUCUUGAAAAUUCAAUAACGCAAUGGCUUUGCAUUUUAGCAGUGCGUGUUUGUGUUCUUUGAGCCAGAGGCGGGUGCAAACAAUUAGAGCUGUAGCUUCUGAGAGUAGUAUUACAGUGAAACCAGAAGAAGAUAAGGUGAAACUUGGUGGGUCUGAUUUGAAGGUUACAAAGCUUGGAAUUGGAGCUUGGUCUUGGGGUGACACUAGCUAUUGGAACAACUUUGAGUGGGAUGAUAGGAAGCUGAAGGCUGCUAAGACUGCUUUUGACGCCAGCGUUGAUAGUGGAAUAACAUUUAUCGAUACUGCUGAGGUCUAUGGUUCAAGGUUCUCAUUCGGUGCGAUAAAUUCAGAAACACUGCUAGGAAGAUUCAUCAAGGAAAGAAAAGAAAGUAAUCCAGAAGUCGAGGUUGCUGUUGCGACUAAAUUUGCUGCAUUGCCGUGGAGGCUAGGCCGUCAAAGUGUCCUAGCCGCCCUCAAGGAUUCUCUUGCACGUCUCGAACUUUCUUCAGUUGAUCUUUAUCAACUUCACUGGCCAGGAAUAUGGGGAAAUGAAGGUUAUAUUGAUGGUUUAGGAGAUGCAGUGGAGCAGGGCCUUGUAAAAGCUGUGGGAGUAUCUAACUAUAGUGAAAAGCGUCUUCGCGCUGCAUACGAGCAGCUGAAGAGGAGAGGUAUUCCGCUAGCUUCAAAUCAAGUCAAUUAUAGCCUGAUAUAUAGGUUUCCAGAGCAAAAUGGUGUAAAGGCUGCCUGUGAUGAACUGGGAGUCACGUUGAUUGCAUAUUCACCCAUUGCUCAAGGGACUUUGACUGGGAAAUAUACUCCAGAAAAUCCACCCACUGGCCCUCGAGGACAGAUCUAUACUCCUGCAUUUCUAACCAAAUUGCAGCCACUCAUAAAUAGAAUAAAGGAGAUAGGAGAAAGCUACAGUAAGACUCCAACACAGGUGGUCCUGAAUUGGUUGAUUGCACAGGAGAAUGUUGUUCCCAU